GGCAGCACGGAUCUACUUUGACAGAUCUAUUUUGUUCUCGAACUACAUCGAGUUCACGUUUUGCAUUACGCAAAGUUUAUUUACCGGUAAAGUGUGCAAAGUAAUCGUAUAACAUCCUAGAAUGGCAACACAGUUCCUGAAUCGCAUCGGCCAGCUUGGUCUAGGAGUAGCCGUCAUCGGUGGAGUUGUAAACUCGGCGUUAUAUAACGUUGAUGGUGGACAUCGUGCCGUAAUUUUCGAUCGCUUCAGCGGAGUCAAGCAGCAGGUAACCGGCGAAGGUACACAUUUCUUCGUGCCGUGGGUACAGCGUCCAAUCAUUUUCGACAUUCGCUCGCAACCACGCAACGUACCGGUGGUGACCGGCAGUAAGGAUCUGCAGAAUGUAAACAUUACGCUCCGUAUUCUGUUCCGACCGGUACCGGACCAGCUGCCAAAGAUUUACACCAUUCUCGGUCAGGAUUAUGAUGAGCGUGUGCUGCCAUCGAUUACGACGGAAGUGUUGAAGGCUGUGGUUGCUCAGUUCGAUGCCGGUGAGCUGAUUACGCAGCGUGAAAUGGUCUCGCAGAAGGUGUCGGAUGAUUUGACCGAACGUGCGGCUCAGUUCGGAGUGAUUCUGGACGAUAUUUCUAUUACGCAUCUCACGUUCGGUAAGGAGUUUACGCAAGCCGUCGAAAUGAAGCAGGUUGCCCAGCAGGAUGCCGAAAAGGCUCGUUUCCUGGUGGAGAAAGCGGAACAGAUGAAGCAAGCAGCAAUUAUUACUGCCGAGGGUGAUGCACAGGCCGCACAGAUGUUGGCCCGUUCGCUGAAGGAAUCGGGUGAUGGUUUGAUCGAGUUGCGACGAAUUGAAGCUGCGGAGGAUAUUGCGUACCAGAUGAGCCGAUCGCGUGGUGUGAGCUAUUUGCCGGCCGGUCAACAAACUCUGCUCAGUUUGCCACAGUAA